CGUCGUCGUGGUCUUGGUCGUGGUCGUCAUUAUCGCCAUUAUUAACAGCGACAGCUACACGAAACAACAAUCACAAACUGGGAGUGUGAAGUUGGACAUCGCACGGGCGAAGGCCUGCGUAUGUGUGCGUGUGUCUUUUGCAUAUAUAUUUUGGAGAGCCGACGCAACGCAAAAUCAUCACGGUAUAAGUGAUAUUUUUCACGCUAAGGAAACGGCAAGAAACCUGGCUCACUUGCUGAGAAAUGGAAUCCGAUUAUCAACCGAUGCUCGGUCCCGCGAAUGUUUUGACAGCUGUAAACAAUGAAUCCGAAGAAGCAUUCCCAAGUCUAUCAGAUUUCCAUGAUCACGAACCAAACUUGGAAUUCGACGACACAGAAUUACAAGCAUCUUCAAAUACAUGUAUUUCUUACGCUAUAUCGGAUCAGCUGCUAGAAGAGAAAUUGGAUUUAACAGUUGGAUCUGGUAUGGAUUUCCUCGAAAGUCCAGGGAGCGAUGGAACCAUAGAAGAAAACUUUGAAGAAGCAUUGGUCGAUGCUCCUGUUAUUGAAACUGCCGACGAUCUCGCGGCACUGGAUACGGAACUCGCCGACGAGGAGGAUUACCAGGACAUCUCACGCCUUGGGAUUGUCGAGGUUGUCGGUGAUGACAGUGCCGGGCGGAAGGUCAUCGUAGUCUCGGCAUGUAAGUUGCCCCCAGUGAGCAAGGAAGUCUUCAACCAUGCCAAGCUCCUGCGCUACCUCACCCAUACGCUCGACACCUUCGUUGAGCAGGAUUACAGUCUCGUGUAUUUUCAUCACGGACUCACCUCCAAGAAUAAGCCGCCGUUGUCCUGGCUCUGGCAGGCUUAUAAGGCAUUCGACAGAAAGUACAAGAAGAAUCUUAAGGCGCUUUAUCUCGUUCAUCCAACCAACUUCAUACGCAUUGUUUGGCAGAUAUUUAAACCGGCCAUAAGCGCCAAAUUUGGUCGAAAAAUGAUGUAUGUCAAUUAUUUAGAUGAAUUGGCUCAGUAUAUUAAUCUUGACCAAUUAAUAAUCCCGCAACAAGUGAUCGACCACGAUGAACAGCUAAUGUUAAAAAAUAAAAAAAAUAUAUCAACGAGUCCACCGCCAAGCUCAAUAAGUACUCCAGUGGGAACCACACAAUUUGGAGCGAGUCUUCAAUUUAUUAAAGAAAAUAAUAGAGGAGACCCAGUGCCGCCAAUAGUACGGCAAUGCGUAGAGUUUCUUGAUACGCCUGAUGCGAUAGAAACUGAAGGUAUAUUUAGAAGAUCAGCUAAUGUUACAGUAAUCAAAGAACUUCAAAGCAAAUGCAAUCAAGGCUUAUCUGUUGAUUUUCAAGGCGAUGCACAUAUAGCAGCUGUUCUUUUAAAGACAUUUCUUCGAGAACUUGAAGAACCACUAAUGACAUAUGAUUUGUAUGAUGAGAUCACACAAUUUCAAACCUUGUCCAAAGAUGAACGACCAAGAAGAGUGAAAAUCUUAAUUCUUGAAAAACUUCCCGAAGAUAAUUAUCAUCUUUUGAAAUAUAUCGUUCAAUUCUUAUCUAGGGUAAUGGAUAGGUGCGAUCUGAACAAGAUGACCUCGAGUAACCUAGCAGUGGUCUUCGGUCCUAAUCUUGUGAGGGCACCACCCUCACGAGGUAUGUCCUUGUCAGCAAUUGGCCCGAUCAACCAAUUUAUCGACUACGUGUUUACCGAUCAAGAUAAGAUAUUUAUAAUUUAAAAAUAACGUUUAUAGACGUUUAUGAACAAGGAUCUUAUAACGCUUCUAGUUAAGCCUUCUGUACAGUUUUUUAAGUAGCUGUCAGGUGAUUUUUCUUAAUAUAUAUCUAUAAUUCCA